GCAAAACAAAACCAAAUUGAUAACAUUAAGAGUCUAUACAAUACUUGUCUCACUAUGUCUAUCUAGUUUCUUGGCUUAUUUAACAUACUGUUACGUCAUCGUCAACAUCUGUUACUUUUUCGUUGCCUAUAUAGAUGGAACUUGAAAUUUUGCAAUGUUUUUUUUGUUUAAGAGUAAAAAACUGACUUGACAGGGUUUCAUUAUCUUUUUAUUGAUUAGGAAUUAGAUUGUGAGUUUCUUUGCCCUUUUUUUAACCCCUUCUCUCAACUACUAAUCUGUUGGAUACAGCAAUACGUAUGAUUAUCUUCAAUUUUCUAUACUUCACUAUAGUUGGGAAUCGACAAUUGUAUUGUACAAUACAUCGAAUAUAUCUUAUCCCUUCGGAAGUGUUGGCUAUCCAGUUUCUCAAUAUUUAAUCCAUUAUGUUCAUUCAUACAUAUGAUGAGAUUGUUAAAUUGAAAUUAUCUCAUUGGAUAUCUAUAAAUUAUUGAAAUUAGUCUGACAGGUUCAAGCAAGUAUCUUUUCUGCAGUAAUUAUAAUACAAAGCAAGUUUUGAAGAUAUGAUAUACAGUUUAUUAGAUAUGUAUAGUGUACAAUACUAACUAAGUUAUAAACAAUUGGACUUCAUAUGCUACCGACUUCCGGUUUAUUGAAUUCUUCAUCUUUUCUACAAAUAUCGAAACAUAUUAACAGUACUAUUGCUACUCCAAAUUAUUUAAUAUCAACAACGCAAAAUUUAUUCAUUUUAAAAACAACAUAUCAAGUUAUAUCGUCUGCGUUGUAUCUCAGUAUUGGGAUUGUUUGCUGUAUAUCAUUGUUUUUGAUUUUGGUAUUCUGGUGUAUCUAUCAAAAACAAUCUUGUGCCACAUCUGGGAAAAAGGAAUCUGAAAUCAUACUCAACUCAGAAGAAACAUCACAUGUAGAAAAAUCUAAAUGUUCAGUACAAAAAGUUUAUCCUUCACUAUCAAAUUCUGAAAAGUUGGAUGAUUGUAAAAAGGGUAAAACUUCAUUGUCUGGAUUAUAUAAAUUUUGUAGUAUUUUCCCUGAUUGCUGUCCAGUAUUUCGUCUAACUACAAAAAAUUCCGAUGACAGUGUUUUGUUUAAUGCACCAACUAAUCAGUAUGGCACAAAUUCAAUUAGUGAUACUGUUAAUUCACUUCAAGAUUGUAAGGUUUUGGAAUCCAGUGUGAAGAAGUCUGAAGUAUCACUUUCUCCGUCUAUUGCUAAUCGUCGACAUCAGACACCUCCUCCACGUCUAAUUACUCCAUCUCUCAUGGCGACCAGUCCACCAGUUGAAACUCAGUUGUAUCAUAUUCAACCGAAAGAUUUUGUAUACAAUCAAACAUGCAAACCAAUCCCUACUUCACUCAUCUUACAAAAUGAUAAUUUGGGUACAUUUACAGUUACUCCAACACAACUAUUACAGAACCCAUUAUUGUUAAACACAUCAACAAAUUUGUUACACUCUCACUGUACUCCAUGUGAAUCAGAAUCUGUUCCAUGUAGUCAAACUUUGGUUACAACACAACCGUCAAGUCUAUUGAACCCACCGUUUUGUCAUACUAGCUGUCCAACUUCAAACUCAAUUGCUCAGGAAUCUUCUAAUACUACUAGUUGUAGUGGUGCACAAGUCCCAAGAACAUACCCAGGUGUUGGAUUCACUACAAGUCGUCGGGCAAGAUCUAAAGGUCUUUUAGAAAGUCGCAGAGGAUCCCGCACAUCACUUACCCUAUCCUUAUCUCCAUCAAUCGAUUCACCUACUCCUAGUUGUUCUGUAGGAUCUGCGCAAUUCAGUGUAUUUGGAGGAAGCCUUGAUGAAGAUGCAUGUACAGCUGAAGUGUUAUCAGAAGAGAAUGAGAUUGGAAAUAAUAUUGAUAUGGAUAAUAAUGAUAAUAAUAAUAAUAACUUUUCCAACAGUAAUCAUUAUAAACAAUUUGCCUCCCGGUGUACUUAUUUACAAUCAUUAGAUUCUUUUCCAUAUACUAAAUUAACAACAAGACAACAAAAUCCUAUGACCACUUCACCGUUAACAAUUUCAUCAAGUUUAUGUAACUCUGGAGUUGUUACUCAAAUCAGUAAUUCAAUUAAUGAUUCAAGAAUUGAAUUAACUAAGAAAGGACAAUAUUUAAUGAAUAAUCGAUGUAAUUACAUGUGUUGUUAUCACCAUCAUCAUCAUUAUCAUCACCAUCAUCAUCAUCAUCAUCGACAUCAUUUUCAUCAUUUCGCUAUACAUCAUUGUAAAUUAGACUCUGGUUAUCCGUGUUCCCUUGGCAAUUUAACCUGUCAACGUAAUCGAGAUAUAGAACAAUUGAUGAAUGCUAGCCUACCAUUAACAUAUGAACAGUUGAAAAUUAAACUACGUGAUAAUUCUGCAGCAUUAUUUCAAGAAUUUUGGGAUAUCCCUAUGAAUCAUGCAGAUAAAAAAGAAUUGCCUAUUCCAGGAAUUUGUCAUAAAAAUCGUUAUCAAUCUAUUCUUCCAAAUUUUUCAACACGUGUUAUACUCCCUGUAGUGAAUAAUGAUUUGACCUCUAGCUAUAUUAAUGCAAAUUACAUCAGAGGUUAUAAAAGUCGUCCAAAUGCAUUUAUUGCUACUCAAGGUGUUAUGCCGCAUACAAUAAAUGAUUUUUGGCGUAUGAUAUGGUAUUCUCAAACACCAGCAAUUGUUAUGAUUACAAAAUUGGUUGAAAAUAAAGAAGUUAAAUGUGAACUCUAUCUACCUGAUUCUUCUGGAAACGAUGUAUUAUCCUUUGUCGAUGAUCAAUCUUUCAACAAUAUGGUGUUUAGUAAUGACAGUAAUUCUAGAGGUAAUCCUACCACAAGUGAAACUGAUGUUACUGCUAUCAAUAUAACUGAUAAUAAUAGUUGUAAUAAUCCCAGUCCUAAUAACAGUACUCCAUCUUCUAUAUCCGCCUCCACAGCAAAUAUACUACCUUCUUCAAGUAUUAAAAAUUGUUCAAGUAAUUCAUUGUUACCUUCAACGUUAUCACCUUUCACUACUCAGUCUUCAACUUCAUCAAAUUAUUGUGAACAGUUGAAUAUGGAUGGGAAUACUAUCACUACUACUGCUACCACCACUAUUGCAACCGAUAUUUCUGUAAUCAGUGACAAAAUGAUGCCUACAUCGACUGCACUUAUCAAUAGUGGAGAGUAUACAGCAAAGCGGUUACAUGAUAGCGGUAUAGCCAGUGUUGAAGAACAAUCUUCUAUAAUUGACAAUAAUACUAGUAACAGUAGUAACACUAUAUUUAAUUAUACUACUGACAGUAAAAUUGACAAUCAUAUCAACCAAAAAUUAUCUAACGACCGAUGCUUACAUUUUUAUCAGUCUAUAUCAUUGCCUGGAGAUAGUAAAACAUUUGGAAAUAUUAGUGUACGUGUAUUGUCCUUGGAGAAACACAAUGGAUAUUUAGUACGCCGACUUCAGUUGACUUGUGGUACAGAAGAAAGAGAAGUAGUUCACUUUUGGUAUGUUGCUUGGCCAGAUCAUUCAUCUCCUGAGACUACAACAUCUGCACAAAGUUUAAUUCAACUUGUAAAAGCAGUUGAAGCUUGCCGAAAACAAUCAACUAUACUAUCACCAAAGUUAUCAAAAUCAUCUCUUCAACUUAAUCAAGAUAAUCUUGAUGAAGGCACAAAUUUUGGUUAUUGUAAAAAAUUAUCUCCUGAUCCACAUCAAUAUUUUCAUACUUCAUCCUAUCGAUCAAAACUAGUUAUACCAUCUGUACACAAAAUGGAAAUUAAUCAAUCAUCAUCAUCAAAUGAAGAUGCACCAAUUGUUGUUCAUUGUAGUGCUGGUCUUGGACGUACUGGUUGUUUUAUUGCUUUAUGUAUUGGUUGUGAACAACUCAAAACAGAAGGUAUAGUGGAUGUAUUGAAAAUUGUUAGUUGUAUGCGAUUAGAUCGUGGUGGAAUGGUACAAAGUAAUGAACAAUAUGAAUUUAUUCAUCAUGCUUUAACUGUUUACCCAAUAAAGGAAGAAAAUAAAUAUCCCUAGUAUAAAUUAAUUAUUACUAUGCGUAAUAAUAAAAGAAUUUUAAAAGUGAAAAUUGAUUGAUUAACUAAUAAUUAGUAAUUAAUUAUUUGAUUAAAUAGUCUUGAAAAGAAUAUUUUUUAUUUGGAUCAGAGUAAUUUAAUCUAGAAAUUAAAUUGUACAUCCUUAUGUUCCUUGUAAAGAUUAUUUUUCUCUUCGCAUUUAUCGUUGAUUUACUAGCUAUAAUUUAGAUCUAACCUCUAAGAUACAAUGUAACUUAUUAUAUAUAUAUAUAUAUAUAUAUAUAUAUAUAAACCUCUAGUGUUCCCUAGAUCAAUAUGAAUUAAACGUUUUGCUAAAAGUAGUAGUAGUAGUAGUAGUACAUAAAGAUUUAUUGAUUUAUAUCAAAAGCUUAUAACUGCUACUUCUUGUCCUACUACUCACCAUUCAUUAUUUAUUAGUACACCAAUAGUAAAACAAACAACUUCCAUUCAACAUCAUCAUUUGACCAUUUCUACUGUGUAUGUGAUUUUGUUCAUUGAAAACUAUUCGAAAUAAAUAUUGACCAAUAGGAAUGCAAUUAUCUCAAUCCACCCACUCCCUAUUUGUCUGAAUGUGAUUGGUUGUUUCAUGAUAAUCACUAUUAUUAUUAUUACUAUUAUAUUAUUAUUAUUAUUACCAUUAUUAUUAUUGGAAAACGUAGUCGUAUUUGUUUUCAUUUAAGGAAAACGAGCGCAUAUAUAUAUAUAUAUAUAAUUACCAAAGAACUGUUAUUAUUAUGAUUAUCACACGCUUAAGUACACAACAUGUGUAUCCCUUUAUUUAUUAUAAACUUAAAGAAAUCAGUCUUUAGUUAUAUUUUUAUGCUGAAUUGAAUCAAUAUUAUAUGUAGUCAAGAUGUCCAGUUAUUUUAUUUCGCUUAGUAAGCCUGAACACAGUAUAUAAUGAAUAUAAAACUGUUGUUUAUGGUGUACUUUUUAUCAAGUCAUCUUUUGCUUUGCUUCUUGUUUGUGUUAUUCUUUUUCUGUGUGCUUACAUUUUUACAAUACAUGGAACCUUUUUCUUGAUGAAGAAAAGUGCGAAACUUCUCUCAAUCACAAUCCCCUAAUCUUUGUCUUCAUCCUUUUUCUAUGAGUUAGCGGUACUUUUGGGAUUGUUGAAUUCCAUGAUAUUUGGUACAGCUCUCUACACCUACCUGCUUUCUUUCCUAGAAAACUCUCAUCAUUUCAUUUCUUGAAGCUUACUUUUUUUUUUAGAGAUUAUUCUAGAAUAGAAUAUACAGGGUGUAGUAUGCGAUAUAACUAAACUACUCUUCUUAAUAUAAUUUGUUUGUUAUGUACAGAGAUUUUUCAGUAAAAAAAAAUCAGUCGAUGCAUAAACUUAAAACUAUGAUUUUUGUUAUUAUCCAUUGUUUCUUCUACUACUGUCAGUAAGAGACAAUUUUGGAUGCAAUUACUGCAGCAUUACCAUCGAUCCUCACGAUGAGUACUCUCAUUGUUGUUUGUACUCUGAACGAUCAUCCUUAUGAUCGAUUAAACUGUUGAUUGAUAAUAAUUAUAAUAAUCAUAACGAUAAUAAUUGCUUACUUCUAUUUUUUUAUCGCUAUUGUUACAUAAUAUUCGGUAUUAAGUAGAUUUUGUCUGUAUAAAAAGACAAGAGAAAACACAAGAGAGAGAGAGAGAGUAAUUUUCAUUACUUCUUAUUGCUGCUGUGUGCGAGCAUUGAUUCUUAUUUUCUUUUCUUUCUCUCUUACAUACUUCUUGCUUAUUUUGUGUCCUCUCAUUGUUUUUGUGCGUAUAUGUUUCUAUAAGUGCGUUCUGUUUUAUAUAUCUUGUAAUAAAGGUUGAAGAUAAAAAGUAUUAUCAAGGGAGAAAGUAAAAUUAUUUCGAAUUUGUUUUCA